AUGGAUUACUUGUCCGUGGUCGUGGUACUCGUUGUCACGAUCGCAUCCAUAGCCAUCAUCCACCUCCUGACCAGAGCCAAGAAACCAUGUCCGCCCAACCUGCCCCCGGGCUCCCUCGGCCUGCCGGUGAUCGGCCAGAGCCUCGCCCUGCUCCGGGCCAUGCGCGGCGACGGCGGCAGUCGGUGGAUACGGGACCGGAUCGACAGGUAUGGACCGGUCUCGAAGCUGUCGCUGUUCGGCACGCCGACGGUGCUCCUCGCGGGGCCGGCGGCCAACAAGUUCACCUUCUUCAGCAGCGCGCUGUCGACGCGGCAGCCCCGGUCCGUGCAGCGUAUACUCGGGGAGAAGAGCAUCCUGGACAUCCACGGCGCCGACCACCGGCGCAUCCGAGGCGCGCUGCUGGAGUUCCUCAGGCCGGACAUGCUCAGGACGUACGUCGGCAAGAUCGACGGCGAGGUGCGGCACCAUCUCGACGAGAGCUGGGCCGGCCGACCGACCGUCACGGUGCUGCCGCUGAUGAAGCAGCUGACGUUUGACAUCAUCUCGGCGCUGCUCUUCGGCCUCGAGCGGGGCGCCGCUCGGGACGCCCUCGCCGACGACUUCGCGCGCAUGCUCGAGGGCAUGUGGGCCAUCCCAGCGAACCUGCCGUUCACGGCGUUCAGCCGGAGCCUCAAGGCUAGCCGCAGGGCUCGCCGGGUGCUCGAGGGGAUCACGCGGGAGAAGAAGGGAAGCUUGCUGCUGGAGCACCGCAACGGCAAGGCGUCGUCCAACUCCAACAGCGACCUCAUCACCUGCCUGCUCAGCCUGACGGACGACCAGGGCGAUCAGCUGCUAACCGAUGAGGAGAUCGUGGACAACGCCAUGGUCGCCCUCAUCGCUGGCCACGACACGUCCUCCAUCCUUAUGACGUUCAUGGUCCGCCAACUCGCCAAUGAUCCGGUCACCCUGGCCGCCAUGGUACAAGAGCAUGAGGAGAUCGCCAAAAACAAGACCGAUGGAGAGGCUCUGACCUGGGAAGACCUGACGAAGAUGAAGCUCACAUGGCGAGUCGCGCAGGAAACGCUCCGCAUCGUCCCCCCACUCUUCGGCAACUUCAGAAUAGCACUUGAGGACACCGAGUUCGAUGGCUACUUCAUCCCCAAGGGAUGGCAGGUGUUUUGGACGGCAAACGUGACUCACAUGGAUGCAAGCAUCUUCCAGGAGCCAGCCAAGUUCGACCCAUCCCGGUUUGAAAGCCAAACAGUGUCAGCGAUACCACCGUGCUCCUUUGUCGCCUUUGGCGGUGGCCCAAGGAUAUGCCCCGGGAUAGAGUUUUCCAGGAUCGAGACGCUGGUGACCAUGCACCACCUGGUGAGGCAGUUUAGAUGGAAGCUAUGUUGCAAGGAGAACACUUUCGUCAGGGACCCCAUGCCGACUCCGCUGCAUGGCCUGCCGAUCGAAAUCGGGCAGAGGAUCGCUCCUUGAUCGCGACCAAGCCUCACAUAAAUCUCGGUAUAAAGGCCAACAACAUUAGAGCAGCGCUACAUUAGAGGGGUCAAUGGAAAUGUAGCUGGAGGCAGA